AUGGCAGCUACCAACGGAGCUCAUUUUGACUUUAUUGUCGUUGGCGGCGGCACUGCAGGUAACACUGUGGCCGGCCGUCUUGCUGAGAACCCUAAUGUCACCGUCCUAGUCGUUGAGGCUGGUGUCGGGAAUCCAGAAGAGCAUGACUGGGCCUACAAGACCACGUUUGUCAAGCGUGACGAUUAUGAGCGCAUUGAUAAGCCUAACACCCGUGGCAAAGCACUGGGUGGCAGUUCCUCCCUGAACUACUUCACCUGGGUCCCAGGCUGCAAGCCAACCUUUGAUUUAUGGGAGGAGUACGGUGGAAAGGAAUGGACGUGGGACCCCCUCGUUCCAUACCUCCGCAAGAGCGCCUCCUAUCAUGAUGACGCUAAACUUUACAAUCCCGAAUUGAAGAAGAUUGGUGGCGGUGGUCCUAUCCACAUUUCCCACGCCGAGCUCAUCGACGAUAUGGCACCAUUUCGAGAAGCUGUCACGAAGGCCUGGAAGUCUACAGGCGAGCCCCAGACUUCAAACAUCUACGAUGGCGAGAUUAACGGCCUCACCCACUGUGCCGACACCAUCUACAAGGGAGUCCGCUCUGGCAGCUACCUUUUCUUGAAGAACAAGCCCAAUAUAACUGUUCUAGCCGAGCAUCAUUCUAAGCGCCUCAUCAUUGAUGAAGCCGACCGCACCUGCAAAGGCGUGACCAUUAUUUCCAGCUCCGGAAAGGAGCUCGACUUCUACGCCUCCCGCGAAGUCAUCCUCUCCCAGGGUGUCUUUGAGAGCCCUAAGCUGCUCAUGCUCAGUGGUAUUGGCCCUAAGCGUGAGUUGGCUCGUCACGGCAUUGACGCUAUUGUCGACUCUGAACACAUUGGCCAGCACUUGCUUGACCAUCCUGGUGUCCCAUUUGUCUUGCGGGUCAAGGAUGGCUUUGGCAUGGACGACAUCCUCUUGCGUAAGGGUCCUAAGAAUGACAAGGUUGUUUCCCAGUACAAGAAAGAUCACUCUGGUCCUGUUGGCUCCGGUCUCCUAGAGCUUGUGGGCUUUCCCCGUAUCGACAAGUAUCUUAACAAGGACGCCGCCUACAAGAAGGCCAAGGCCGCUAAUGGCGGAGUUGAUCCCUUCUCACCGCAGGGUCAGCCUCACUUCGAGCUCGACUUCGUCUGCAUGUUCGGCAGCGCAUUCCAGUGGCACUAUCCCACUCCACCUAAGGGCGACCACGUCACUGUAGUCGUCGACCUUGUCCGCCCUAUCUCCGACCCCGGAGAGGUGAAGCUCAACAGUGCCGACCCCUUCGAGCAGCCCAACAUCAACCUGAACUUCUUCGCAAAUGAUCUUGACAUCAUCGCCAUGCGUGAGGGCAUCAGGUUCACUUACGAUGUCCUCACCAAGGGAGAUGGGUUCAAGGACCUCGUUGAAGACGAGUACCCCUGGCAAAUGCCUCUACAGUCAGAUGAGGAGAUGCAUAGAGCUGUGCUUGAUCGCUGCCAGACUGCUUUCCAUCCUUGCGGUACUGUCCGUCUCUCCAAAGACAUCAAGCAAGGGGCUGUUGACCCUAAGCUUAAGGUUCACGGAAUCAAGAACCUUCGUGUUGCGGAUGCUUCGAUCAUCCCUGUCAUCCCCGACUGUCGCAUCCAGAACUCAGUCUACAUGAUCGGCGAGAAGGCUGCCGACUUGAUCAAGGCUGAGCACCGAGAUCUUUACAAAUAAGUAUCCUUUUGCGUAACUGCAAUAGGAAUUACUCCUCUAUAUGAUAUGUAGCUAGUUAGCAAUUUGAUACACAACUCAAAUUCCUG